AUGACGAGCAAGAUGAAGCGCCUCUUCUCCACGGCGCAAAAGACACAUGGUCAACCUUAUCACAAGGACGGCAAAGGUGGCCCGUCCAGCAGCAGCAGCGGGAGCAGCAAUCCCUUGCCGUCCAUGGCCGACCUCAGUCUGCGCAACGGCCCGGCCAACGGCAGCACACGCUCCCGUACGCCGCCGCCACCGCCCAUUUUUGCCGGAUAUAUAGGUGGUGGUGCUCCGGGUGGUGCGGGAGGUGCGGGAGGCUUUGGUGGUCUUGGUGGGAGCCAAUUCUUCCCAGCCGCCGGCAUGCCACAGCAAUCGCAUGGGCAGCCGCAGCAAACCCAAUUCCCGCCCCCCGGUGCCUUCUACAACGGCGUGGAUGUGGCGAAUCCGCUAGGCGGUGCAGCCGCAGCUAGCAACGGCAUCGGGCUACCAUACGGAAACGGUCCGAGUGCAAAUGGCGGGAGCGUCAACGGGAGCCUCGGCGGCCCGUCGUACGGCGCCGACAUCAGCUUCCUCAACGCACUCCCGCCACCGCUGGCCAGCACGGCCGACGACCUCACGUCCCCCGGCGGCAGCGUGCACAGCGGCCACAGCGACCCCAACACGAACAAUGUCCCGCCACCGCCACGAUCGGCCGGCGCACAGUCGGCAGGGACGACAAGCUCGCAGUCGGCCUUCCCAACUCCUCCGCCCCAGUAUUCGCAUCCCCAACAGCCGCAGCAUCAGUCAUCGCAUGCCAACCUGUACCACCAGGCACAACAGCAGCCGUUCUCUCCAGGAAGCGCACCCUUUCCACCCCGGCAACAGCCACAGCCACAGCAGCAGUUCACGCCGCCUCCGCCAGGGCAGCAGUCGGCCAAGGCGCACCACAGCCUGCUGGGCGGCAAGUCCAAGGGCGGUGCCCAGGCUGUCGCCCCGACCUAUCCGCAGCCGGCCACCCAACAACAGCGCCAGCAGCAGCCGCCGCAGACGUUGCACCGACAACAGCAACCCCAGCACGCGUCUUCGUCCCAGAUGACCACCCAGCAGCACGCCAUGUCCAACGUCGACGUCACCCCCGCCGACAUCCGCGACACCACAAACAUGCUGCGCGAGCUCUACAAGAUGGAGCUGGCCAUCCACGGCGAGCGCUACGCCAUCCACGAGGACGACCAGACCCGCAGCCGCGAGAUGCGCCGCAAGGCCGACCUGCUGCGCGAGGAAAUCGAAAACAACGUCACCACCUGGCGCACCACGGUCGGCGCCCGCUGGACGCGCGAGGAGCUACAGCACGUCGAGUACAGCGUGCAGCUGAUUGGCACCCUGCGGUCCCUGGGCCAGACGGAGUCGUCGUGA